CUUCCUUAAAAUAACUCCUCAAGAACGCCAUGGACGCCAUUCGCAAGAAGAUGCAAUCGCUCAAGAGCGAGACUGACCAGCUCUACAAGACCAUUGCCAAGCUCGAGAGCGAAGCCAGAGAGUCCGGCACCCGAUUCGAAAAGGCCGAGGCCGACACCCGCGAUCUGGGCAAGAAGAUCACCAGCUACGAGGCCGACUUCGAUGAGACCAAUGACAAACUCAACAAGACCCUGACCAACUUGGAGGAGAAGGAGAAGGCCUACAAGGACUCGGAGGAAGAGGUCAGUGCCUUGUCGCGGCGAGUCAUGCUCAUGGAGGAUGAGGCCAAGAAGGCUGAUACCAACUUGGCUGAUACUGUGACCAAGCUGGCCAUGGAGUCCAAGAAUGCCGAUGGUAUUCUCAAGAAGGUCAAGUAUUUCGAAACCAAGACCAUGAGGAACGAGGUCGAGAUUGAGGAGCUGGACAAGACCCUUCGCGAGACCAACAAGAUGGGCAGUGACAACGAGCAGAAACUCGAUGAGCUGACCCGCAAACUCGGCGUGCAAGAAGACGAGCUGAAGCGGGCACUUGAGCGGGCAGAAAUGGCCGAGAACAAGCUGAAGGAUGUGGAACAUGAGCUGGAAGCCGUGGGUGAGAACAUGAAGCAACUCGAGAUCUCGGCCGAAAAGGCCCAGGAACGCGAGGACAAGCUCAAGGAUAAGAUCUACCAGCUUAUGGACCGUUUGAAGGCCGCCGAGGCUCGCUACGAGUACGGCGAGAUGAACAUCACCAAAUUGAAUCAUCGCAUCGAUGACAUCGAAGACGAGAUCUACCGCGAGAAGCUCAAGAUCAAGAAAGUGUCAGAUGAGCUCAAUGAUACCUUCGACGAUAUGUUGGCCAAUUACUAGUCUUUAAAAAAAGCCUCUUUAACUCCUAAUUCAGAUACAAAGUCAUCAAAACAAUCCAUCCAAUCUAUCCAAACCAUCUACCAAACAAUCAAUCAAUCAACGUUUACUACCUUAUUUCCAUUUCAUGCACCACCACCACCACCACCUGGAUCACCUCCUCCACCACCUCCUCGAUCCUUCCCGAUGGUUUAUGUUAACUGCCUCGGUGUUUUUCACAUUCGUUCCAACUAACCCGUCAAAUGUCUUGGUUCAUUGUGCUGUCCCGUCUUUCUUAAAAGCUGAUGGUGUUGACUUGCCAGUUCAUAAACUACACGUUGUUCCAUCUAAAGGUACUGAAACCGACAUGAAAAAAGAGACCAAUCUUUCACUCUCCAGUACACACAUUCAAUGAACUUCUCUACCACAUACACCAUUAGACAUCCAAAACAUUAAACCACUUCGAACACACUUCUCUUUCUCUUGUUUUUGCCAC